UGUGGGCGUGGGCAGCCCUGGGGGGCAGCCGCUUAGGCGCCCCGCUCUUAUCCCCAACAGGUCGCAGCCCGGGCGGCCGGGCGCUCCCAAUCCGGGCCCCUGGAGCGCCCGUUGCGGUCCCCACCUCCAUGGACGCCUUCAAGGGUGGUAUGAGCCUGGAGAGGUUACCGGAGGGGCUGCGGCCACCUCCACCGCCGCCGCAUGACAUGGGGCCCAGCUUCCACCUGGCCCGAGCCACGGACCCCCGGGAGCCGCUGGAGAACUCAGCUAGCGAGUCGUCCGACACCGAUCUGCCAGACAAGGAGCGCGGCGGGGAAGCCAAGGGGCCCGAGGACGGUGGUGCGGGCAGCGCUGGCUGCGGCGCCGCAGAGGACCCAGCUAAGAAGAAGAAACAGCGGCGGCAACGCACUCACUUCACAAGCCAGCAGUUACAAGAGCUGGAGGCCACGUUCCAAAGGAACCGCUACCCGGACAUGAGCAUGAGAGAGGAGAUCGCGGUGUGGACCAACCUCACUGAGCCGCGAGUGCGGGUCUGGUUCAAGAACCGGCGAGCUAAAUGGCGCAAGCGGGAGCGGAACCAGCAGUUGGACCUGUGCAAGGGCGGCUACGUGCCGCAGUUCAGCGGCCUGGUGCAGCCCUACGAGGACGUGUAUGCCGCCGGCUACUCCUACAACAACUGGGCCGCCAAGAGCUUGGCACCGGCUCCGCUGUCCACCAAGAGCUUCACCUUCUUCAACUCCAUGAGCCCGCUAUCCUCUCAGUCCAUGUUCUCGGCCCCCAGCUCCAUCUCUUCCAUGACCAUGCCGUCCAGCAUGGGCCCGGGCGCCGUGCCCGGCAUGCCCAACUCGGGCCUCAACAACAUCAACAACCUCACUGGCUCCUCUCUCAACUCGGCCAUGUCGCCCGGCGCCUGCCCCUACGGCACCCCCGCCUCGCCCUACAGCGUCUACCGGGACACGUGCAACUCGAGCCUUGCCAGCCUGCGGCUCAAAUCCAAGCAGCACUCGUCGUUUGGCUAUGGCGGCCUGCAGGGCCCGGCCUCGGGCCUCAACGCUUGCCAGUACAACAGCUGACCGCCCCGCCCGGUCCCCGGGGCCACCGGCCGGCCGGCAAGGUGAAGCGGGAGCGCGCUGAACACGCAGGGCGCUCGCCGCACCGCGGACCUCGCCUCUGCGCAGCCCCUUCCUCCCCACCCCGCCUUCAGGUUGGUUUUGUGUUCGCUUUUCCGGACCCCACUCUGCCCCCAAAGAAUAAAAAGGAAAGAAAGA